GAUGUCUAAACGGAUUAUGUGACAAGCAAUCCGGUGCGUGUUCACCGUGCAUGGGCGGGUACCGUGAUUAUAACUGCGCACCCAAUUGCUCAGAGGGAUGUAUUGACAAGUUAUGUCACCAAGACAAUGCUACGUGUACGAUCGGAUGUAAAUUCGGAUAUUCCAGAGCAUAUUGCUGUCAGCCAGGUAUGUUUGGAUGGUCGUGUGAGAUCAACUGUCCCACAAACUGUGCUACAUGUACAUCAUUGACGGAAUGUCAAACUUGUAAAGAGGGAUUUUAUGGAUUACAAUGUAACAAAACUUGUCCUGAAAAAUGCUUGACAUGUUACAAUGAUGGCACAUGUGUAACAUGCAAAGACGGAUUUUCGAGGCCCGAUACAAACUGUCAGUGUUUAGGUACACUGUGUACGUCUCCUGAGUGCACAUCUUGUGCGAAUUCUACUUACUAUGCAGAAGGCUCUACAUGUUGUCCAUGCAGCAUUAAUUGUAAACAUGGCACAUGCACAUCAGCUGAUCAAUGCACAGACGGAUGUGAAGAUGGCUUGUUCGGACCCAAGUGUGAGUUCAAAUGUACACAGAUCGACAUACACUGCCAUGUGUGUAUUGGUGAUACCCUUAAGUCAUAUUUUUGUAAAAGCUGUACGGAUGGAUAUUAUCCUGAUACAAACCGAACAUGUAUUCAAUGUUCAAGAUUUUGUGCGGAAGGUAAGUGUAAUAAUUAUAAUGGACAUUGUGAAAAGGGCUGCAACAAUGGUUUCUGGAAUCGAAUAUGCGACCGAAAUUGCAGUGAAAAGUGUACAGUAUGCAACCAGGACAGUGGCGAUUGUUUGAGUUGCUCACUUACAAAUGUGUUCGGAUCAAACUGCGAUAAACCAUGUAGUACAACGUGUAUUAAUGCAUCAUGCCAUAUGAAUGGGACUUGUACACGCGGCUGCAUUUCUGAUUACUAUGGCCCAUCCUGUGAGCAGUCAUGUCCUACCAAUUGUGCCAGUGGUGGAAACGGAACACGAUGUACCCAUGCAACAGGUGUGUGUCUUUACGGCUGCAACGAAGGAUUUAAAGGAAACGGCUGCAUGGAAGCCCUCAAGUUAGACAAAAGUAAAGAUACAGUGCCAGUAGCAGCAAUUGGAGGAGGCGUUUCAGCUGUCGUAAUAGUUGCUCUUGUGGUGGUCAUUGGAUUAUUUAUCUGCUUUCGUAGAAGAUCUCAUGCACCAAAGAAUGAAACCAUCUCAGUAGAAUCAAACAAUGCAAGCAACUCGUCUGCACCAGUGUAUGCAAUAGUCACACGCAGAGAGCAUCCAGUUUCGGUGUAUGAAAACACGUCAUCUGUCAAAGCAAAUAACACGACAGUUCAAGUGCACAACCCUGGUUACACAAAAAGUCGUCUUGAGCCGGUCUCCUCUAGUGAUGGUACUUCAAUAACAACAGAAGACAGUUUAGAAAUCGAUGAAUGGGACAGUAUCGCUCGCAAUAAUGCGGUCAUAUUCGAAGAAAACGGAGGGGUGUACUACAACAACAGCGAGAAAAUAAAGACUCUGAAAAUAUCAGUUGCAGAACUGAAUACAUUUGUGAUGUCAAAAAAUGUGGACUUCUUCAAGAAAGAGUUUGAGAAACUUCCAUACGGGCUUCUUAAAGAGUACCGGGUUUCGCAAAUGAAGGCCAACAUUGGCAAGAACAGAUACAAGGGCGUUUAUCCUUAUGACGACUACAGGGUAAAGGUUCGAGGUGGAGACACCGACUAUAUCAACGCUAGUUUCAUUGACGGUUACAAAAGGCGAAAGGAAUACAUCGCAACAUUGGGUCCCAUGUCUAAACAACUUGGCAAUUUUGCGACUUUCUGGAGAAUGGUAUGGCAACAGAACGUGGAGAAAAUCGUUAUGGUCACAAAUCUGGUAGAGGAAGGGAAAGACAAGUGCGAGAAGUACUGGUCCAGUGUUGAUGCCCCUCAGAUGUACGAUGAUAUUCAAGUGUCAUGUCAGAGUGAAGACGAAUAUGCCGAAUUUACACGACGAACGUUUUAUGUUAUUAAGGACAGACAAACGCGGACUUUGACUCAGUUACAUUUCACAUCUUGGCCAGAUAAAGAUGUUCCAGAAGACGUUACCUCAAUCAUCGAGUUCAGACAGAAUGUCUUACGUGCUCCGGCGACACUUGAAGGACCCACAAUCGUGCACUGCAGUGCAGGCAUAGGGCGCACAGGUACGUACAUUGCUAUCGAUAUUCUCACAAAAGAGGGAGAAGCAGAAGGAGCUGUAGAUAUUCCUGGCUGUGUAUUGAACAUGAGACAAAACAGGCCCAAUAUGGUGCAGACAGCGGGACAGUACGCCUAUCUUCACCAUGCUGUUGUCCACUCGCUCACAUUUGACUGCAAGGCAGUGGCCAUUAAAGAGUUCCAAUUGUACAUGGACUCAACAUCAAAGGAUAAAAUCAGGAACAUAUUUCACCAAUUUCAAGAGACAGCGUCGUGCGAGUCAUCGGAUGAAACCGAAGCAGUUGCGAGAAACGCAAAACGUACUGACAAGAACAGAGAGGGAGCUGAUGCCCCAGGUGAUGAGUAUCGCCCAAAGUUAUUCCUAAAUCGUAAACCAGGUUCCACAGAUUAUAUAAAUGCAGUUUUUGUGAACAGUUUCCAACAACAACAAAAAUACAUCCUUGCACAAACUCCUUUACCAAACACUGUUGUCGAUUUUCUCGCAUUGCUUGUCCAAACAAAUUGUGCGUGUAUUGUCAACUUUGAAUCAGCAAACAUGAACGCUAGGGACAUCGGUGUGUACUUACCUGCGGAUAAUCAGAUGUUGAAGAAUGGAAUAUUCAGCGUCCGUUGUUCGAAGACAGAUGCAAAUGAAUACCGACAUAAACGGACGUUGACCAUUGAGCAUCGAGCGAAUCAGGUUAACGAGUCAUUGUCUUUAACGUACCUGGAGUUUACAGACUGGAACACGGAAGAGAGAAUACCAAAUUCUCCUGCUAAUUUCCGCCGAUUCAUUGCAGAAGUAGACGUAGAAACUGCCAAUAGCUCUGAUCGUCCAGUUCUGAUACAUUGUCUGGAUGGUGCCAGUAAAUGCGGCCUAUUCUGUGUGGUUGCCAAUCUACUUCAGAAGAUGGAGGUGGAACAUGAAGUCAGCGUAGCGAACGCUGUGCGGAAGGUUAAGACAAGAAGAAAGGGCGCGAUCCCUAACUUAGAGCAGUUUCAGUUCUGCCAUGACUGUGUCCUUGACUAUACUCAGAGCUUCAACAUCUACUCAAAUAUCGCCGCUGAGCUCUCCGAUUGCUGAGAUCAUGUUGUAUGAAACGACCUGGUCCUUGACUUCAUUCAUUCAACAUUUACUCAAACUUCCCCACUGAGCUCUCCGAUUUCUCUGACUUCAGGAAGUCUGCCAUGACUGUUCCCUGGACUAGAUUACACUCAAAAAUUCUCAAACUACUCCGAAGGCGGAGUUCAAGUUGUCUGUCAUGACUGUGUCCUUUGCUAUAUUCACAGUUGCUUUGACAACUACUCCAAUUUCGCUGCUGCCCUUUCCGAUUGCUGACAAGAUUACAUAAAAAUAACAUCAAAAUCCUCUCAAACUUCGCUGGUUUACCUCCACGUACUUACUUUACAAUCCUGCCCUCAUGAAAGUGCUACUGAUAGACUACAUAGUGCUUUUCUAAUUAAUGCCGUAACUGAACUCUCCAAUUGAUGACUUGAUUUAAACAGUGAUUUAUCUAUGAUUUGGAACGCCUGUUUUUUAUGAAUUAAUUCAAACAAGAAAUAUCUUUAAAAAAGAUAUACGGCGUAAAUAGUUUAAUGAAUGAGAUCAAGUAUAGCGAAUGUCUUUUUCUGUGCAGUUCUUAGCUGCAUCACACGCAGUACGGGAUGUUACGGGGAGUUUUCGCGGCUUAUUUUACAUUAUAACAUAUUGCUGGUCAUAAACCUAUAGAUACAAAACAGAAAACCAAAAGAAGAAUGGAAGUGAAAUUUAAACAU